UCAGAACGCGCUGCCUAAUCUAGACAGUGCGGCAGGAAAGCCGCAGCGAGCAGGCGAGAGGCUGAGAUUGAAUUUGAGGGGAAAAGGAGCAGAAAGAGAACAUGGAGAGAAAAGCGACCAGAGAUGGGGAAUAAUGUUUUUAAGAUGGAAACCGGAUGAAUCGCUCGACAGGGCUAUCGCGUCUUUUGGCUUUCCGUUGCGUUUACCGCUUGGCACAAUUUGGAUUCAGGUUUUUUUUCAACGAUUUCAAGGCAAUGCCGGGGAAAGGAUGAAAAAUGCAAACGGUUUUGAGUUUUUUUCUUAUGUUGCUGCCGCCUCCACUGCUGCUUGGGAUUGCCUGCUAAACCGGGAACGCAUGAAGACAACAUUUGUGACAAAUGAGCUAGUUGCGGAUGUCUGGCAGAGCAACGUCGUGUGAAUCUUCAGCUGAGAAAAAACGAAAUAAAAACAGCAGCCACAUAUUUGAAAGAUUUUCAUCGGCAAGUUUGCCACAUUGCAUUCAGCUGGAGGAAUGUCAUCAGCGCCCCGUGCUUGACCAGCAAUUGGUGUUUUGAAGGGGGAAAACGUAACGGCAACGUUCGCCAUUUCAGAGGUGUUAGUAUGGGUGAUGCAGCGGACAGCAAGGAAACCAAAAAGACUUUCAUCGUCCCGGCCAUCAAAUCCUUUGAUCAUUAUGAUUUUUCCAGGGCUAAAAUUGCCUGUACCCUGACAUGGCUGGUGGCAAAGGGCUAUGGAACCGACAAUGUCCCGGCAGACCUGAAGGAGCCUUUUUACACAGAUCAGUAUGAUCAGGAGCAUAUCAAGCCUCCCGUAGUCAAUCUUUUACUAUCAGCUGAGCUGUACUGUCGUGCUGGGAGUCUCAUUCUGAAGAGCGAUGCUGCCAAACCUCUAUUGGGACAUGAUGCUGUCAUCCAGGCACUGGCACAGAGGGGUCUGUAUGUCACAGAUCAAGAGAAGUUAGUCACUGAACGAGAUCUACGCAAGAAGCCUAUUCAAAUGAACGCUCACUUAGCCAUGAUUGACACCCUAAUGAUGGCCUACACAGUGGAAAUGGUCAGUGUGGAGAAGGUUGUAAAAUGUGUCCAGCAGUAUUCCACCUUUUACCCUGAUACCGAUAUGCCCUAUGACACAGAGGAUGCCAUUAUAUGUUGGAUAAACAAGGUGAAUGAACAUUUGAAGGAAAUUAUCUUGCAUGAGCAGAAGAUCAGAGAGUCUCAAAGUUCAGAUACUCCUGCCGGCCCAAGGUCUCCAACCAAAUGGUAUUGGAAACUGGUUCCAGCCCGAUACCGGAAGGAACAGACAAUGCCAAGGCAAAUGCCUUGCAUUCCACCUGUGGAAAACUUGUUAAAAGACAGCACUGAUGGAUGUGCCCUGGCUGCCUUGAUACAUUUCUAUUGCCCUGACUUGGUUAAGUUGGAAGAUAUAUGCUUGAAAGAAACCAUGUCUCUAGCAGACAGCUUAUAUAACCUCCAGUUAAUUCAGGAGUUUUGCCAAGAAAACUUAAACCGAUGCUGCCAUUUCACUUUGGAGGAUAUGAUCUACGCAUCAUCUUCAAUAAAGAACAACUACUUAGUGUUUAUGGCAGAGUUGUUUUGGUGGUUCGAAGUUGUGAAGCCACCUUUCGUUCAGCCUCGGGUUGUAGAAAUAGAUGAACUUGUCCAGCCAGUAAGAAGCAUACCAACAGUUCCUAUUUCAAAUGCAACAAAAAGAAGUUUUAUGGACAAUCCAUCUGCUUCAAGUACAGUAAUCGGCCAAACACCAUCUCUUCCAGCCUCUCUUCUACCUCUCAGGCAUUCCCAGCAGAACCCCCAGAAGGCCAUUUCGGGAGUAAUGAGAAGAUCUACUUCAAUGUCUUAUGUGGAUGGCUGUAUUGGAACAUGGCCUAAAGAGAAGCGGUCAUCGGUACAUGGAGUAUCGUUUGAUAUUCCUUUUGAUAAGGAAAAUACUGUGCAGUCUACAGCAGCUCCCAUCCGAGGGAUGACGAGAUCUAUCAGCAAUGAAGGUCUUGGGUUUAAAGUCAAUCCAUUCCCAAGGAAUAUAAAACGGAAUUUGUUGUUUCAGCCUGUAAAUGGACAAAAUGAGACAGAAGGUAUUGAAGAGGAAAUUUAUCUCACUGAAACAUCGGGCAGAUGUGCUGAAAAAAACAGUCAAGUUAGACUUGCAAAUGGGCCGGUACUGGAUGACUAUGGUAAUCAUGCAGGGACACCAAGCAUUGAGGAAGCUUUACAGAUAAUUCAUGAUUCUGAAAAAAUGCAAGGAGUAAUUCAGACUGAGAAAGUGAACAAUGGAUUUUUCCUCCAUAGUCAAGAAAUCGGUGUCAAUAGUUUAAAACUCAAAAGAGAAGAAGUUCUUAAUGAUUCUAAUGAUGAAGCUAAGGGUUCACUGAGUCCAGACACAACAGAGGUGGACACUGGAAUUCAUGUCCGUACAGAAGACAUUCAGGAAACAAUGGAUGAGGAUUCUUCCCUUAAAGAUUAUACUGUAAGCAUGGAUUCAGACAUGGACCAUGACUAUGAGCUAAAGGUUGGGCACACAAGGGAAAUCGUUAGCCCUUGUCCAAGUUCAGUAAGUAUUAAGUCCCAGGCUGGCAGUACUACUUCUUCUGGUUCUGGAGUUAAGAUGACAAGCUUUGCAGAGCAGAAGUUUAAGAAACUGAACCAUGUUGAUGGCAGGAGUAGUGGAAGUAGCUCUCAGAAAACUACUCCAGAGAGUUCAGAGCUCAAUAUUCCACAUAUGGUAUCAUGGGCCCAGACUCCUGAAGAAAGCCCAGUGAAACAAGGGAAAGAUCCUACACAGCUGUUGGCGUCAGAAAUGGUACAACUGAGAAUGAAAUUAGAAGAGAAGCGUCGAGCUAUUGAAGCACAGAAGAAAAAGGUGGAGGCAGCAUUUACACGACACAGGCAGAGAAUGGGAAGAACAGCCUUUCUAACAGUGGUGAAGAAGAAAGGAGAUGGUACAUCGCCACUUAGGGAGGAAGCUGCUGGUUCUGAAGAUGAAAAAUUAUCAUCUGAUGAUCAUAUUUCAAAAUCACCUGAGGAUAACCGCAUAAAACCUGGAAAAUGUAAAAAUGACAUUUUGGAUAAUUUAGAUUCACCCCAGAGCAGGUGGUUAAAAUCACCCAAUGAGGAGGCUAUUGUGGAGGGUGACCUCUUAGAGUAUACAAAAUCCAUAGAGAAACUGAAUUCUUCAUUAUUCUUCUUGCAGCAGGAAAUGCAGCGUUUAGCACAACAGCAGGAGGUCAUAAUGCAGAUGAGAGAGCAGCAAGCAUGGGUUAUAUCUCCACCUCAGCCAUCACCCCAAAAGCAAGUUAGGGAGUUGCGUACAUCCUCCCGCUCAACUGGUUCCAUGUCUCCUGUUUUGUCAUCUGGGGAGUCUCCUAGAACAUCUCACAGGUCUCCUCAAACUAUCACAAGAAAAUCUGCAUCUUUUAAUUCCAAAACUCCAAGGACUCCAAGGCCAAGCGAUCUAAAACUAACACCUUUUAACCGGAUUUUGACACCACCCCAGUCGGUAGAUAGCCUUCCACGUUUGAGGAGAUUCUCCCCAAGCCAAACACAGACUAGAUCAUUUGUAUGCCUUGGAGAUGAUCAUAGUAUUCAAAAGGAUUUAGACUCAGCAGAUCAUACUUCUGCAGAAGAAGAUAAAACCAUUGACUCAGCAAAAGAAGGCUGUUCAGUAAAGGAGGGGGGUUUAGAAGAGUUACCAGUGGUUGAAAAGGCCAUAGAUAAUGAGGAAAAAACAAAAGAGGUAGGAGGUCUGCAAGUGGAGAAGAAAGAGGACAAUAAGGGCAAGCUCUUAGAAUCAAGUGUUUCAGAGAUUUUGUCACAGACUGUUACAGAAACUGUAAUUGUGACUCCUAAUGUUGAUAGUUCUGUUGAGUUUAAUGCUGAUACAUCCAAGAAUUCAAGUUUAAUUGAGGUGCCCCUGUCAGUUUUAAAACCACUAGAUGGAGAAGUCCUGGAAGAAGCAAAUGAUGGAGAAGCUGGAAUGGAUAAUUAUGAUGAAGAGCAGAAAAUGUGCUGUGGUUUCUUUUUUAAAGAUGAUCAAAAAGGAGAAGAUGAUAUGGCAAUGAAACGAGCAGCUCUACUAGAAAAACGUCUUAGGAGAGAGAAAGAGAAUCAGCAGAGGAAACAACAGUUAGAGGCAGAAUUGGAGCAGAAAAAAGAGGAGGCCAGAGUCAAAGCAGAAGAAGAUCGCCAGAAAAAAGAAGAUGAGAAAGCCCGACGGGAGUUUAUUAAACAGGAGUAUCUAAGAAGGAAACAGUUAAAACUGAUGGAGGAUAUGGACACGGUGAUCAAACCUCGCCCAGCUAGCUGCAAACAGAAAAAGCCACGUCCCAAAUCUGUUCAUAGAGACAUAAUGGAAUCCCCCAAAACUCCUGUUAGAGCUCCAGCAGGUUCACGACCCCGUGUUUUUUCAGUCUCCAGCCUUUCCCUUGCAUCACUGAACCUCGGGGAUAAUGACAGUAUCCAGUCUGGCAGACGAACUCCUAGAAGUAGUAGCAUAAACCCUGGCAGCCUAUACCAUUUACUGAAAUCAACAAAACUGAACAAUGCAAGGCCUGAAUCGGCUGAUGGUUUUUUGUCUCCUUGUCGGUCUGCUAGUCGCAAUGGAGAGAAAGACUGGGAAAACGGCUCCACAACUUCUUCAGUAGCGUCCAACACAGAAUAUACAGGACCAAAGUUGUACAAGGAACCAAGUGCAAAAUCAAAUAAACACAUAAUUCAGAAUGCUCUGGCUCACUGCUGCUUGGCAGGGAAGGUGAAUGAAGGUCAGAAGAAUAAAAUACUUGAGGAAAUGGAGAAAUCAGAGGCCAACAACUUCUUGAUUCUCUUCAGGGAUUCUGGCUGCCAGUUCAGAUCUUUAUAUACAUACUGUCCUGAGAUGGAAGAAAUCAACAAACUGGCUGGCAUUGGCCCGAAAUCGAUCACUUUGAAGAUGAUCGAGGGGCUAUACAAGUACAAUUCGGAUCGGAAACAAUUCAGCCACAUUCCUGCAAAAACCAUGUCUGCUAGUGUUGAUGCCAUCACCAUUCACAGUCACUUGUGGCAAACCAAGAGACCAGUAACUCCCAAAAAAAUUCUACCUUCCAAAUCAUAGUAAUCCUUUUAGUUUUUUUUUUUUUUUUCUUCCUCCAGUUUUAAAAAGAAAACAUUGAUGUAUAAAUUGCACUUCACUGUAAAUAUACAUUUGGAAUAGGGUUUGUAGGUGCCAAUGGACAAUUAUACUAUUUACAACUAGGGUUUGGGGUAAUUUCUCUGACUUUUUUUGUUUUAUCUGGACACAAAUAUCUGCUGUCAUUAUGCACAACUGGAAUGUAAAACACUAAAUAAAAGUAUUAACGUGUUUAGUACAAGGGAUCAUGGAAUAUUAAGUUGUUUUGUUAAAGCACGCGGGUGGGUUUGUAUGUACGGACAGGAAGGCGUAAAGGCCUAAUGUUGUACACUGAAGCACUGAAUGUCAAUCAUCUGUAUAGAAUGAUUCAUUUUACCUGGUAACAUUUGUGGCCUUAUGCUUGUUUGAUUUCAGUUGUGACCGCCAUGGGCUGUUUGUGAGAGUGUUAUGCCAUGAAAUGUUUUUCUAUGCUAGCAUUUAUUUUUGUUUUCUUUUUUGUGACAGGAAAAAUAAUCGUUUUGUAGUUGUUGUUAAGCAGAUGGAACUUUGAGACAGCAAGAGCCUGGUCAUUUUGUUAAAUAUUGGCAAACAUGUAAAGUUUCAACAAUAUUUUAUGAACCUGACUAGGUGUACAUGACCCUCUCAUAUAAUCUGCACACUGCUAAGUCGUUCUGUCCAUAAUGUAUUACGGUGAGGAGGAGGAAGAAUGUGUAGCUUUUUUGCAAUUUGCAGGAACGCGUAUGUGACGUUCCUGCAAGCAAUAUCAAUGCUUUAAAUAAUGUGUUAUUUUGGGAUGAACAGAAUGUAUCUUCAGGUGUUCAAAUGAAGGGUGAGUAAAGUAAAGGUCCUGUUAUUUUUGUCGUCUUAAAUUGGUAUUGCUCAUUAGCUGCAUUUACACCACAUUUUCAGUGUUUCUCGACACCUCCCAAACCGCCGCCCCACCAAACAUUUGCCACAUGUAUUGGUAAUCACGAACAUUAGAAACACAAUGUCUGAAAUAACAUUAAAAGACACGAGCCACUCUGUUAUUGUUCACUGUUACAGUUACGGGUUACUUCAAUACACCUUUUCACUUUUCCUGCUUUAGUAUUCCUCCUAUGUUUUCAUUACUUCUGAUACAAUUAAUAUUGCAGGUAAUGUUAGACUUUACUUCUAUGUAAAGUUUACAAAAGUUUAAACACUCAUUUAACUGUAUUAAUGUAUUUCCCUGUUUUCACAACAAAUGUCAAUAGGGUCUUCAGUGUAUGUUGAAGAUUUUAAAGGUGAGCCUUAAUGGAAAUGUGUUUUAAUGUAUAUUCCUUGAGGUUUUUUUUAAUUGAAAUGUCUUUCCCAUUCAGUUCAGUUCAACGUUUAGCUUUAAUCGUACUUAGAUCGUUAGCUUUUAAUUUUCCCAGUGUGUAUGUUUAUUUUAUUUCAUUGGCUCCCCUAAUAGAAUUUAAAUUGCUCUUUAAUAAUACCUCUUACUUACUCAUGUGAGCUUUAGAUCAUUGCUGCAUUUUAGCCAUGCUGGGUUUCUCCAUUUAUCAGGGUACCAUUGCCGUUCUCAUUCUCCUGUUGUCGUCUUCAAGUAGCAGCUAUUUGGUCGAUUUGGUCAUGUUCUUUUAAAAUGAAGUUGACAAGUUUUGUAAUGCAAAGAACAUGUGUUAAGUAUGUCUUAAAUGGUCAUAUAUAUAUAUAUUUUUUAAAAAGUUCAAAUGACACUGUAUACUGAUAAGCAUGUGUUUGAUGAAAAGAAUUUAAGAUAUUAAAGGUAUUUUUUUUCCUAAAGUGGAUUUUGGAAGAGGACAGCUUUGUGGUGCUGAAGUGCUGUGUGAUGAUUUCUGUCUGUAGUGCUGCAGUGUGCAAGCUGAAAUGAACAAAAGAAAAAUCCUUUUUAUUCUUAUGGCCUGUUAUUGUUAUUAUUAUCAUGGUAAUAUUCUAUUGAGACUUGGGCCUUGAGAUUCAUCCAGGUUUUGCUGCAUUGAUGUCAUUCUUGUUAAUAUUUAAGUGUAAUUUAUGUUCUUUCUGUAUAUUUGUUAAAGUUGUAUUUUAUAAAAAAAAAGAAAAAGAAAAAAGGCAAUUUCAUGUAAUACACUGAGAGUUUCAUCUCCAACUUUAAAGACUGCCAUUGGUUUCCACAUAAUUCUUGCAUGUAUGUGAUAAAGUUGUGUAAUAUAAAAAAUAAAGUGUAAAUAAAACUGUAUGAGGGGCUUCAAACGUGAACAUUCUGCCUAUAGACAUGUACAUCCAUGCUGUCGUUGGUGGUGCAGAAUCUCGACAACAUUCUUUUGAAAGUGUAUAUUGAUUAAAAAGCUGUUAUCAUGAAUACCGAUUUAGGAAUUGCCUUGUGAUAUGUGACUCAGGAAAGCAGAUUGGUGCAAAAUGUGUUUAAAUCCCAGUGUAUAUCAAGUAUCUGUGUAUGAAGGAGAGAUGUCCCGUCAGGCUCCGCACCAUUACUGCCGUGACUGUAGCGCGUACCAACGGGCAGAUGAAUGUGUGCUGCGCACAGCCGCUCACAAGUUGUAACAUUAACGGUUCACACUCGCAAGGUCAGAGCAAUGGCAUCAUCUCUUAAUCUCCACAUUUCAGAACAGGGCGGGCAUUCUUGAACCUGGACUAAUUUGUAAUAACCAAUUAUUCUGGUUUAUGUAACCUGCCCCGUACUUAACAUAAAACAUUAUGCCCCUUAAACCAGUUACCUGUCUGCUGUGUCAGAAGUUCCUUCCAAUGUACUUUACUUUUCUUUUAAAAUUAAAAAGUGGAGCAGGAAGCAUCACAACCCCUCAAUCCUUACACCUUUUUUUUUUUUUUAAUUCUAUUAAAAGCCACCCAUGUGAUGAACACACACAGAUAGGAAAGACCCAUUUUUAUAUCAUCAACUUUUCCCCCUUAUUAUUCACUAUUAGUUGCCAUAUUUAGGUAACUAAAUAAAAAACAAUUUUUGAGAAACACGUGAAUUAAUUAAAAUUUAAGAAAUACCAUUGCAGUAGUAAGCAUCUGUCUGAUUAUCUGUGACCAACAAGGAAAUCUGCAAAUAGAAAAAGAAUUGGGGGUUUUAUUUCUCUUCUUUGUGAUAGGCCAAAACCAAUUUAUUUGCUACAUCACAGCCUGUAAUUCUUUAGAGUACGGAGGAGUUUUUUUUUCCAAAAAUAAAGAUAAAAUAAUGGACACUGUUCAUCUUAAAUAGCCCAGCCUCUAAUAAUUCUUCUAUUGAGGUACUGUAUAUGCGAGUUUUUUGUAGUUGGAAGGCAUGAUACAAGGAAAGUGACGCCAUUAAAACGAUGACAGAAAAUAUGAUAAUCAUCAAAAUAUUAUUAUCCAAAAAAAAAAUAUAUACGGUAUAUAUAUAAAAUAAAUGUUAGCAAAACCCCAAAAACUGAUUAAACCAGACUAGAGGUUAUGACAGUUUCAGAAAGUCACAUUAGUGUUAAUUUCAGAGAUGGAAAGUUAGAGCACAGCUGUCUUGUUAAGGGUGGUGUUAAAAUAACAUCAAGGCUUACAUUAAAUUAAGAAAUGACAUGAAGCAAAAAUGUGCAGCCAUGUCGACCUCCAGGGCCAGGACUGCCUAUCCUUUUUAAAUGGUUAUGAAAUCCCUUCUAAAAUGUGUUGCUUUAUACUAGGGGUGAGUUUGGAUUUUUAACAAACUCAUUGGUAGCACCCUUUUCAAAUUCUCAGUAUUAAAUUAAGGAAUCGCCUGCACAUGGUGUGUUUUAAUGCAGUGUCUUUGCACUCACCAUCUGGCUUUUGUAAGAUUACUUUUUAUUGCACAAUUUUGAAGAGGGGGGGACCCUGUCCACACAAAUUGUACUGUAAGAAGUGAUUUUUGACUUGUAAACAGUGUGAGCAAAUCAGUUAACUAAAAAUAAGUAUCCGACUCAUUCUCACUUCAUAGGAACGCCAUAGAGAGCACUGCACGAUUAUUAGGCCUGAGCGUCUGUCUACCUUAUUCAGUUAACUGAUAGAGAAGGUCACUUAUCUUGUGCUUUCCAUUUUGAAAAAGAAUAAAGAAAGAUUAGAGGCAGACCUAACUUAGCACUACAAAUAGGAAAUCUGCACUCCAGUUUUUUCUUGCUUAGAUUCACUACUUCAUUUUUAUCCAUCUUUAUGUAUAAAAUAUCAGGUAAGAAAUAGUGAAGGGUUACAAAGCGUUCAUCUGCCUCCUGUGUGAUGCAGUAGGGGUCUGACUUUGUGAAAGUUAUGCCAAUAUAUGUAAUUUAUAAUUAUUUUUUAAUUAUAACAAUUAUGCUAAACAUUCCCAUACACAAUGUCUAAAGGUAGAAUGUACCUGUUUCGAUUUUCAAUGUGUUACUCCAGUAUUUAUGAACAUUUUCUUUCCCUUCUAUGCCUGCUGCUCUUCUAUUAAUCUGUCUUUAGUUGGUGCCACUUACCUAAAAAACGUUAUGCAGGUUGCAGGUAUGAAUGUCUGUCUCUAAUAUAAACACUGGUGCUUUUCUUUGGAGAUCUUUGUGCAGGAUUGCCAAACAAAGAGUUGUAUGUGUUUUGGGGACAUAGAAAAUAACGUGUAACUACAAAUAUCAGUUAUUCAUUCGGGUAAUGAAGCCAUUUUGGUUUCUAAUGUAGAAGUUUUACUCUAGGACAGCAGCUAUAGAGUUGUCUUAUUUGGCUGUUUAAAGCCAAUGUGAAUGAUUAUUUAAUUAGAAAUGGCCACUGCUGGUUAUUGUACAGUGUGUUGUGUGCUAAUUUGUCCACUUUGGUGGAGCAUCGCUUAACGUGUUCUUUCUUCCAGACGCUGUGCUGUCAUAUUGUUAACAUAAUGCUGCAGUAACAUGUAGAUCUCUUUUUACUUUGCAUCAAAUAAAGUAAAGCAUGGCCUUACAAAGGGUCUUGCUUGUGUUUGCAAUUUCUUUGUCAAA